AUGGUAACCUUCUUGCUUCCAGGACCUGGAUGCUUUUGUGUCAUUCCAAGGAUUGGUGGUCAUCUGGGGGCAUUGGCCAGGUCGGGGAGCCCUACACACCAUGCUAGUCAGCUUUUCCUACUUUAAGAACAGGAUUCAGGAAGUGAUCCUACCAUGGCUGAAUCACUAAGUGAAGUUUUUGACAGUCUGGAAAUUCUGGAGACCAGGGAUGAAGGAAAGAAGAAAUUCAAAUUUAAAUCCUUCAAGAGCUUUUUUGGAAAGAAGAAGAAAAAAGAGCCUGAAGAUGCCCAGGGAGGCACAAUGCUAAAGCCAAGCUUGUCCAGCAGCAACAUUAGCAUCUCUUCUCUGAAGCCAGUUCCGGAAGAUCAGCAAGAAACUGAGCCUAGGCCCAAGAGCGGCAUGGGGAACAAAGCCCUAUCCCAUGAUAGCAUCUUCAUGUUGGAAUCUGAGCCUGAAAGAUCAACAAGUAUGACCUUUCCCUCUACAGAGCCCCAGAGAGGCAGAACUCUGCAGAGAUCUCACGUUUCCAGAACCCUGCCUAGAACUGGGAGCAGUAAUAUGCGUGGAGUUGUGUCUGAGGCCAUGUUUGGAGUCGUGCCAAGAAGUGAAGUCUGGACUGAUGAUUCCAGGGUCACUGAGAUCCUACCAUUUCUCCCAUGCCAACCCAGUAUCAGCCUAUCUCUUAUCCAAUCUGACACAAUUUAUAAGGACCUGGUAGAAAUCCCUAUUGAUGAUGUCCCUAAGAGCCCACAAAAGAAGGCUUUGCCACACAAGAUCUUAACAGCAAAGAAGACCUCUGAGCCAACAUCCGAACCUGAUGACUCCCAGUCCUUGACUGCAUUUGCCACGCUUGCCUCUCCCAGGAGCACCCAGCUGCCCAUUGGUUUCAGCGCCCCAGCCACCAUCAAGGGCUGUUUGGAUUCUUCGGCUGCUCGACACAAGAUGACUUUAAAUCCUCGGAAACAAAAGAAGAAAAAGAACCUUCAAGUGCCUAUUUCUGGCCUUACAGUGUGGUUCAGUAGUUUCUGGGGUGUUUCAGAGAGAUCCCUGCAGCCUGUCACUCAGAGAUUAGAAACCCCAAAUGGGGAUGAACCACUUCCAAUAGAACCAAAGCAGGAGGAAUCUGAAGAAGAAAACAUUACAACCAAACCAAAAGAAGCCUAUCAAAAGGAGCUGAAAAAAGACAGUGCAGGUCUCUCAAGCCAGGAACAGAGCAACAAAACUGAGAUUUAUGAUAAGAAGACAAUAGAUCAGGCUCUAAACACGGAUGCUGCUGCAAGUCUGGGCUAUCCAAUGUCAGCAGCAUAUGGAAGAAGAUGGAGAAGAAAAGGAUCUAGUACUUCCAGGAUGAGUGAGUGUGAAUCCAAAGGAAGAAGCUUUAAACAAUCCAGUCCAGGGCACGGCCUGGGCGACAGAGCUGGGUACUCACCUACUGAUAAGACUGACAGAAAUUUCUGGCACCUGCCCUUGGAGGAGCAAAUCAUGGAGCAGCCUACAACUGAACAAGCAGAAACCACCACUUCUCAGGAGUUUCUUUCAGAUAAAGGUGACACAGGCAAGAGAAAUGCCGGCAUAGAUUUCAAAGACAGAAAAGCAUCAGCACAACCCAUACCUGAAGACGCGGAAGAGUCCAUGGCUAGUGGUCCACUACCAUGCCACGAAGAGCAGGCUUCUGGAGCUGCGAAGACAGAAGCCAGAGCUUCUCUUUUACCAAUGGUGAAAAGCCUUUCUACAACCCAAAAAGAGGCCAUUCUCUCAGUGGCAGCAGAGGCUCAGAUGUCCACAGAUCCUUCUCAUAUCCAGUCGGAAGAGAAAGAAGCUUUCAGUCUUUGUUCACAAAAUGCCCAAUCUAAAAUGGAGUCAGCCCACAAUGCCCCAACUACCCACAAAAGAAAGCUUCCUAGAAAUGCUCUCCAGGCCUUUGCAGCAAGUAUUUGGGGUAUGAUGGAUGUUACCAGUAACACGGCUGAGGGAGGCAUUUCUGCCCAGAGGCUACCUCCCAGAAGCCUUGCCCGGUCCUUGAGGAAGCCUAAAGCUAAAGAAGUCCCCUCAGAUUCAGAGAAUAGUAUUCCCAAGGACGAGAGUGGUUCUGAGGAUCUGGCUCACAGUCACUCUUCCCAGUCCUUGGAGAAGCUUGAAGAUGAACAAGAAGUCUUAUCAGAAUCAAAAAGUUUUGUUGUGGACUUGAACAGCUCUGAGGAGCAACUGGUCCCCAGAUGCGCUUCCCAGUCCUUACAGGAGCCUGAAGAUGAAGAAGUCUCCACAGUAUCCGAUAGUUAUGUUGAAAAGUACAACAGUGCUGAGGAUUUGAGCAGCUCGGAGGAAGAUCUGGCCCUCAAACACCCUGCCCAGGCCUUGGGGAAGCCUGAAGAGCAACAAGAACUCUCUUCAGUUUCAAAGAACCUUUCCAAAGAGGGGAAUGGUUCUGUGCAGCAACUGGCUCCCAGAUGCCCUUCCCAGCCCACUGUGAGGCCUACCAUUCAGCAACAAGACUCCACCAGCUUAGUGAGCACUGUUGCAGAAUGGAGCGGUUCUGUGGGGCCUGUCCCUCCCAGACACCCUUUCCAGCCAUGGGUGAGCCCUAAAGUGCAGCAGAAAGUUUCCUCAUUUCCAGACAGCACGGCUGUUGAGGGGAGUAUUUCUAUGAAGCCUCUGCCUCCUAAACUUCUUUCCCAGCCCAUGAUGAACCCUAAAGUUCAACAAAACAUGUUCUUAGGUUCAGAGGGUGUUGCUGAGAGAGUCAUUUCUGCGGAGCCUCUUCUCCCCAAAUAUUCUCCUCAGCGCUUCACAAAUCCUGAAGUCCAGGAAAUAUCAGAAAGCACUGUCAUCGAGGAAGGCAUUUUUGUGGAGCUGCUGCCUCCUGGAUGCCCUUCCCAGCCUUUGGGGAGGCCUAAAUUGCAGCCACAGAUGAUUACCCUAAACUCAGCAAGCACUUUUGCAGGAUGGAGUGGUCCUGGGGAGCCAGUGCCUCCCAGACACACCUUCCAACCUUGGGUGAUCCCUACAUUUGAGCAACGUCAACAAGUCUCUGCAGGUCCAGAGAAUGUUGCCACUGAGAAGGGCAUUUCUUCAGAGCUGCCAAUUCCCAGACAUCAGUCCUGGUCCACUGUGAAACAGAAAGUCCAGCAAACGUCCUCAAGUGUUAAGAAUGCCGCUGUCGAGGCAGGCAUUUCUGGGAGGCCACUGCCUCCUGAAUAUCCUACCCAGUUCUCGGUGAAGUCUAGAAUUCAGGAAAUGUCCUCACGUCUAGAAAACACUGCUAUUGAAGAAGGCAUUUCUAAGAAAUCGCAGUGUCCCAGGCGUCCUGCCCAGUCAUUCGUGAAGUUUAUGGCGCAGCAAAUCUUUUCAGAGAGCCCUGCUGUUGAGGGAGGCAUUUACGCGGAUCCUCUGCCUCACCACCCUUUUAAAUCUUCCUCGAGGCCUAAAGUCGAGCACCAGGUGUUCUCAGACUGGGAGAGCGCUGACCCUGAGGGAGGCAUUUCUGUGAAGAUGCUGCCUGUGAGGCACCCUUUACAGUCCGCAGGGAGGCCCGAAGACCCACAAGAAGGUUUCUCAUAUUCAGAGAGUGCUCCUGUGAAGUGGAGCAGUUCUGAAAAGCAGCCACCUCUGAGACAGCUUUCCCAGGACUUGGGGAAGCUUGAGUACCAGCAAGAAGUCUGCUCAGUUUCCAACACCUUUUCUGAAGAGGGCAAGAAAUAUGAAGAGCAGAUACCUUCCAGACGCCCUUCCCAAGCCUUGGCUGAAUUCCAGCCACAGAUUUUCCCAAUGGGCUCAGUGAACAUACCUGUACAGUGGAGCAGUCCUGAGGAGCACCUGCGUCCCAGUGACCCUUUCCAGGCUUUUGGAGACCCUGAAUAUCAGCAAUACAUUUAUUCAAGUUCUGCUCCUGCUGAGGGAACCAUUUUUGAGAGCAAGGCUGGCAGCUGGUCCCUACCAAGAGUCCCAGCUGCUCCAAACAAAACCAAGAAGCACAGCCGAGGUUCUGAAGACCUCAUUAAGAGCAUCCUAAUGCCUGCUACCAAACCUGGGAAGUUCACCACUGAUCCUGCCUGGCAAACAUCCAUUUCUGGGGGCACUUACUCUAAGGAAGAAAUUCUUGAGCGUGAUGGUAGAAAUAAUAACCGCCAUUCAGAUUUAUCCAAUGAGGCUGAUGUUGAAAACCUUUUUGGAGUUCGACUGAAAAGAAUCCCUUCCUCACAGAAGUAUAAGAGUGAGCAACGAGAUAACUUUACCUGGCUUCCUUCCUUGCCCUUGGGCCCAAUUUCAUCCUCUGCAGGUAGGGAACAUCGAAUCAGAAGAAGUGCUUCCCAGGGGCUCCUGAACACUGCAGAGAACCUCACCGCAAAAUCUGACUUUGCAGAGAAGCAAAAUAGCAGGUCCAAAUCUGAAGGCAUGGCCAAGAAGAAACCUGCUUACAAGACCUCAGAAAAGCGUCCUGGUCGACUGUCAGAUGAUGCCGUCUCAGAGCCAGCUUGGAUCACCAUGGCAAUGCAGAAGCAGAGGAGUUUCCAGGCCCACGUUCCUAUGAAAGAGCCAGAAACCAAGAGCAGAGCUGGAGCCGAGGCUGAGACUAAGGAGCCUAAAUAUGGGGGAACUGUCCCUGCAAAUGAAAACCAACCAAAAAUGAUUUUAACUUCUGAUGUCCGUAGACAGGGGAAGACAGCACAAAUGAAGCUACCUAAGUCUACCAAAUCAGUUGGAUUUGAAGAUCAGAAGAUACCACAAGUACCUACCAUGGGGAAAGAAACCAAACAAUCUUCAACUCUCCCAGCUGCAUUCCAACAGCUGCUGGUUAAGCCGGUUAAGCCGGUUGAGCCGAUUGAACCUGUCUGGUUCUCCAUGGCCAAGAAGAAAGCCAAAGCAUGGAGCCACAAGGCAGAGAACAUGCAAUAA